AAGUCGGUCUUCACCGUCGGGUCAGUCUACUCUCCUCUCCCAGAUCUAUCUAUCCCGUCGUCCCCGGCGGAGGAUCCCCAUGGCGCCUCCACCGCACCGCCGCCUGCUCCUCCUCCCUCUCCUGCUCCUCGCCGCGGCCGCCGCCGCCUCCACGGCCCGCGCCGACGACCUUGUCGCGGAGCUCCAGUCCCUCCGCGCGCGGUCCCCGUCGGGCGUGAUCCACCUCACCGACACCUCCGUCACCCGCUUCCUCUCCGGCCCCGCCGCGCGCCGCCCCUACUCCGUGCUCGUCUUCUUCGACGCCGCCUCGCUCCACUCCAAACCCGACCUCCACCUGCCCCAGCUCCGCACCGAGUUCGCGCUCCUCUCCGCCUCCUUCCUCGCCCACAACCCCGGCUCCGGCGACCUCUUCUUCGCCGACAUCGAGUUCGCCGAGUCGCAGCACUCCUUCCACCAGUUCGGCGUCAACUCGCUGCCCCACGUCCGCCUCGUCCGCCCCGAGCACGCCACCCUCGGCGGAUCCGAGCAGAUGGACCAGUCCCACUUCUCCCGCCUCGCCGACUCCAUGGCCGAGUUCGUCGAGUCCCGCACGGGCCUCGAGGUCGGCCCCAUCGUCCGCCCGCCGCUCCUCUCCCGCAACCAGAUCAUCCUGCUCGGCAUCCUCUUCCUCGUCUCCAUCCCAUUCAUGAUCAAGAGGAUCAUCGAGGGGGAGACCCUGCUCCACGACCGCAGGGUCUGGAUGGCCGGGGCGCUCUUCGUCUACUUCUUCAGCGUGUCUGGGGGCAUGUACGGGAUCAUCAGGCACACGCCCAUGUUCCUCACCGACCGCUCGGAUCCCAACAAGCUCGUGUUCUUCUACCAGGGGUCGGGGAUGCAGCUGGGGGCUGAGGGGUUUGCCGUCGGGUUCUUGUACACGCUCGUGGGUCUUAUGAUUGCUGGGGUGACGCACGUGUUGGUGAGGGUGGAGAGCCUGCAGACGCAGCGCUUUGCGAUGCUGGCUGUCAUGGUCAUUGGAUGGUGGGCUGUUCGGAAGGUGAUCUACCUUGAUAACUGGAAGACUGGUUAUAGCAUUCAUACCUUCUGGCCGAGCAGCUGGAGGUGAAAUGCUGGCCCAGAGGCGAUGGGUGCUUCCUUCAUUUGGUUUCAGAGUUUUAACUAUCUGCUGGCCAAUGAUCAGAAGUUCCAAAUUUAGGCUCGCAUUCUCCCACCCAAUUGUGAGGUUCCAACGACAUUUCCUUAUGUUGGUCUUACGAACAAACUUAAUAAAUUAAUUUUCUGGAAAUUCUUUCAUAUUGCUCUAGUUUUGUUAUGUUUACCACAAUAUAAAUUUCUGGAGGUACAACAACAUGGGGACUUGAUGGUAUACUCUUACUGGAUAUAUGGUGUUUGCACAAGUGCAAUUAUUUAUUCGAUCAUAUAUAAGUUGGAGAGUUAUGUGUAAUCUGUGGUUCAGGCAGAGUCUGUUUGCUGAAGUGUCUUGUAUAUUUCCUCAUAUUACUUCCGGUCUCAAAUUUUUAAGUUGUACCUGUGGUUCUGCACUCUAGGUGGAACAUGUCUACAGAGUCCAUACUCCUUUUGAAGAUAUGAUCUUUCUUGAGUCAGUGAGAUGCCACUUUGACAACUGAAUUUCGUAAUUAUAUAUUCAGGAAAAUGUUGUAAAGUAUAGAUUAUGAAAUAUUGUGUAUAAGAAACUCAUACUGUUUUGAUGUGUGAUGUGUUCUAGAAAAUUUAUUUGACAAUAUUAAUCUAGUUUCACUGUAAGCAUUCUUUAGCAUAACUUUUAUUUUGUUUGGAGGGAAGGUUUUAACUUGUGAUUUUCACCCCUUGUGUGAGGUGAAGGUAAAAUAUAGCCCACGAAACUAUCCUGUAUGCCCCCCCCCUAAAAAAAAAGUAUUUAACUAGUAUAUAACAUGGUGGUCUAAAAGUAAAUAGAAUGCUACCACAUAGAAACUGAUUAUCUAGGGUUUGAAGUAACAAGCAGUGAAAUAGUUAGUGCAUGCAGUAUAUCCGAGUUGUCCUCUUUUAGUUGUUAUGUUACAGCAGACAAAUAUU